AUGAACUCCAACGACCCGGAUCCGCAAGGCAGAGCCGACGUCGAAGCUUCUCGAACCUACGCCAUGUCCGGCAAAAUCAUGCUAAGCGCAAUAGUAAUCCUCUUCUUCGUCGUCAUUCUAAUGGUCUUCCUCCAUCUCUACGCUCGUUGGUAUCUCCUCCGUGCUCGCAGACGCCAUCUCCGUCGUCGUAGCCGUAACCGUCGCGCUACGAUGGUUUUCUUCGCCGCCGAUCCUUCCACCGCCACUAACACCACCGUCGUGACCUCACGCGGCCUUGACCCCACCGUCUUGAAAUCUCUCCCCGUUUUCACUUUCUCUGAUUUGACCCAUAAAGAUCCGAUCGAGUGCGCCGUUUGUUUGUCGGAGUUCGAAGAGAACGAAACGGGUCGGGUUUUGCCCAAUUGCAAACACACUUUUCAUGUUGAUUGCAUUGAUAUGUGGUUUCAUUCUCAUGCCACUUGUCCUCUUUGUCGAUCUCUCGUUGAGCCUCUCGCCGGAAGUGAGAUCACUUCGACGGAGGAGCAAGUCGUGAUUGUGAUUCCUCAUGAACCGGCUUUGGCGAUUGAACCGGGUUCGAGCUCGGGAGUGAGGGAUGAGCCUUCUGAGAUUCCGACGGAUGAUUCCGGGAGAAAACCGGCGGCGAUUGAGGUACCGAGGAGGAAUUUCAAUUUCAGCGAGUUGGAAAACGAUUUGACUCGGAGAGACUCGCCGGCGAGUCAGUCGUUUAGGUCGCCGAUGAGCCGGAUGUUAUCUUUUACUCGAAUGUUAAGCAGAGAAAGGAGAAGCGGUUCGUCUCCUAUCGCCGGAGCUCCGCCGCUAUCGCCGUCGUCAAUCUGCCGGAUACCGAUGACCGAGUCGGACAUCGAGCGAGGAGGACCGCCACGUGGGCUUCCCUAA